AUGAUGAAAGCGACGCGCGUGUGCACGGCGCUGGUGGUUGUGUUGCUGUCGAUAGGGAGCCCCGUGCAGGCCAGGCCCAAGUCAAAACCUGGCAGCACCUGUCUCUCAUCUGGCAUGCUCAAGUUUGACCCACAGUCGCAUCCCUCGCAACGCACCAAUGGCAUGGAAGUAUGCAGCAAGUACCGCACAAGCACGUGCUGCAAUGCCACGCAUGCGCAUUCUCUUCGACUGAAGAUCCGGGAGCCAGUAGUGGCUAAGUUCAGCUCCAUGUGUCAAGCCCUGACGGAGGAAAUGACUUGUGCGUCGUGCCAUCCGCUUAUGGGUACAGGGGAGAUGAAAAACGUGUGCCCGAGGUUGUGUGACAGGUGGUUCAAUGCCUGCAAGGACGAGUACUACGCAUACGGUGGAGCUGGUGUUUUAUCUCCAUGCUAUGGCAACGCACUGGUGUGCUCACCACUUAAAGAGAUCGCUGGCUCUGGUGCUGAAUUCUGUGUUCAUAUGGGUUUCCACGUGGGCAGCGACGUCGACAUUGACGGUACCGACUGUUUUGACGGAUCUGUUCCUGAGCAAUUGGGUGAACCCGAACCGACUGAACCGACACAACCGUGGCAAGUGCGUCUGCAGCGUAUGCUGGAAGAAGAGGCGGAAAAUCCGUCAGGACUCUUCAUCACUGGGGUCCUUCUUCUCAUCUCCAUGAUGUUGAUGGGACGCAGGAUCAUGAGACAGCUCGGAGAUCCAUUCGGAGGUGACCAGCCCAGCCUCAUGGAAGUUCGACGCUUGCAACAGGAACGCUAUGAACGCGGCGAACGAAUGUACGACGAUGAGACAGACAGUAGCAGCGACGAAGAGUUCGCGUCGCGGCCAGCAGCAGACCAAGAGGAUGAUGAGGGUGGUGACAACGCUCCAGUGUCGAUAUAA